GAUGCGGGCAGUUAGCUCCGAUACUGGGUGUAAAUACAGCUCCCCAAGUGCACAGUCUCUAGUUGCUUCCUCUUCAUCCCUCUCCCUGAGAAAUGGGGAAGACACCAUCGCUCUCUCCUCUGCCGUCUCUAUGGUUAGGAUUAGGGAUUCCCCUCCUCCUCUGCUUCUUUGCCCUCGAUCCUUCCGUCCUAGUCUCUGCAUGGAAGAAAGAGGAGUUUCGAUCCUGCAACCAAACCCCCUUUUGCAAGCGAGCUCGCUCCCUCCCCACCAACUCUUCCGCUUAUCACAUCCUCGGCCUAACCCUACAAGAUGGAGACCUCACCGGACAACUCUUGUCCGGAGAUGAUUCCGGGAAUUCCAAGCCCCUCGCCCUGCGAAUCUCCGUUUAUCACGAUGGCAUUCUCCGGCUGAAGAUCGACGAGACUCCGUCGGAUCGCAGGAAGCGUUUCGAGGUGCCGGACGUCCUCGUUGAAACCCUAGAUCAGGAGAAGAAAUUGUGGUUGCAGAAGGUCGACCAGGAGGGUGACUCUUCCGUUGUGUUCGUCGCCUCCGGGUACGAAGCCGUUAUCCGGCAUUCGCCGUUCGAGGUUUUUAUUCGGAGGGCUGGCGACAAGGAGGGGGUUCUGUCCUUCAACUCUAUCGGAUUGUUCGAUUUCGAGCAGCUUCGUUCGGAGAAGGAUGAGGGCGAGACCUGGGAAGAGCAUUUCAGGAGCCACACCGAUUCCAGGCCGCACGGGCCGCAAUCGAUCAGCUUAGACGUUUCCUUCCAUGGCGCGAAAUUUGUCUACGGCAUCCCUGAACACGCCACGAGCUUGGCCCUGAAGCCAACCAGAGGCCCCGGCAUCGAGUCAGAGCCCUACCGAUUGUUCAACCUCGACGUUUUCGAGUACCUUCAUGAGUCUCCCUUUGGCCUUUAUGGAUCGAUCCCCUUCAUGAUCUCUCAUGGAGUAAGCCGCUCGGGCAACCCUAAUUCUGCUGGAUUUUUCUGGCUGAAUGCUGCCGAAAUGCAGAUUGAUGUCCUCGCUUCCGAUCCUGCUGAUGCUGAGACUGUUAACACUCAUUGGAUGAGCGAAGCUGGAAUCGUGGAUGCAUUUUUCUUUGUGGGUCCUGGUCCAAAAGAUGUAGUCAAGCAGUACAUGGCGACCACAGGGACGCCGGCCAUGCCGCAAUUGUUUGCCACCGCUUAUCAUCAGUGCAGGUGGAAUUAUAGGGAUGAGGAAGACGUUGCACAAGUGGAUGCGAAGUUCGACGAGUUUGAUAUUCCUUACGAUGUUCUCUGGCUCGAUAUCGAGCAUACACAAGGAAAGAAGUACUUCACGUGGGACAAGGUUCUAUUUCCUGAUCCAGAGGGGAUGCAGAAGAAGCUGGCGGCCAAAGGGAGGAAGAUGGUGACGAUUGUUGAUCCUCAUAUCAAGAGGGAUGACUCCUAUAAGAUACACAAAGAGGCCUCGGAGAAGGGAUAUUACGUGAAGGAUUCGUCGGGAAGCGAUUUUGACGGCUGGUGUUGGCCGGGAUCGUCGUCCUAUUUGGAUAUGUUGAGUCCUGAGAUCCGGGACUGGUGGGCUGAGAAAUUCUCCUUGAGCAAUUAUCGAGGAUCUACGCCUUCAUUGUACAUUUGGAACGACAUGAAUGAGCCUUCAGUGUUUAAUGGCCCUGAGGUGACCAUGCCGAGAGAUGCAAUUCAUUAUGGUGGAGCAGAGCACCGAGAAUUACACAAUGCCUAUGGGUUCUAUUUCCAUAUGGCUUCAGCUGAUGGGCUUCGAAGGCGAGGUGGUGGGAAUGAUAGGCCAUUUGUUCUGUCACGAGCCUUUUUUGCAGGAAGUCAAAGAAUUGGAGCUGUUUGGACUGGUGAUAAUACUGCAGAUUGGGAUCAACUUAGAGUUUCAGUACCAAUGCUUUUAACCCUUGGUCUUGCAGGGAUGACAUUUUCAGGUGCUGAUAUUGGUGGAUUUUUUGGCAAUCCUGAUCCUGAGCUGUUACUUCGCUGGUACCAGAUAGGUGCCUAUUACCCUUUCUUUAGAGCCCAUGCUCAUCAUGACACUCGGAGGCGGGAGCCUUGGUUGUUCGGUGACAGGAAAACUGAACUGAUUAGAGAGGCCAUACAUGUGCGCUAUGGGCUACUUCCUUAUUACUAUACAUUAUUCAGAGAGGCUAAUGUGAGUGGUGUCCCUGUUAUGCGUCCUCUGUGGAUGGAGUUCCCUUCUGAUGAAAAAACAUAUAGUAAUGAUGAGGCUUUUAUGAUUGGAAGCGGCUUGUUAGUGCAAGGAAUUUACACAGAGGGCGCCAAAUCUGCAUCGGUAUAUCUGCCUGGGAGAGAGUUGUGGUAUGAUCUGAGAAAUGGGGUUUCAUACUCUGGAGGUCGGGUCUAUGAAUUGGAAGUCUCCGAGGAGUGCAUUCCUACUUUCCAACGUGGUGGCAUCAUUAUACCAAGAAAAGACAGGUUCCGUCGCAGUACAACACAAAUGGUUGGGGAUCCUUAUACGCUGGUUAUAGCACUGAACAGUUCAUUAGAGGCAGAGGGCGAACUCUACAUUGAUGAUGGUAAAAGUUAUGAAUUUCAGCAGGGGGCAUACAUCCAUCGUCGCUUCAUAUUUUCAGGCGGGAAACUGACAUCUAUAAACAUCGGGGGAGCUAAAUCAGGCAAAAAGGAGUUCUUCACAGAUUGUAACAUUGAAAGAAUCAUACUUCUCGGGCAUCCUUCUCAGCCAAAAGGUGCUCUCGUUAAGCCUUCGAAUGACAGAGUAGACGUGGAGCCAGGGCCCCUCUUUCUCCGCCGAGGGGCGAAGCCUUUUGCAGCUGUUAUACGGAACCCAGAGGUGCAAAUUGGACAAGAUUGGACCAUAGAAGUUUUGUAGAUCCUUUACAAGCCAAAGCCCAAUGAAGCAUCUCCGUUUGUUAAAAUUUUGUUCUUUUAGUUUUAAAGAGAGCUUAAAUGUAAUUGCGGUACGUGUUGCAUUAAUAUAUUUGGAAUUAGAUCACUCUA